AAAAAAUGCAUCGCCUAAAGCUAGUUAACGACGCUUGUCACUGGUAUAUGAGUGAGUUGGGCGCGCGGGUAGUGGCUGAGUCAGGACGCGCUGAAGACCGCCACCACCUCGGCAAGCUGAUGCUGAUGAGCCUGAGAGACAACCCACACUUGGUCCUACAGAUUGACGGUGGUACAGGCCAGUCAGAAACGAGCGGUUCAGUUCUGGAGCGCAGCGUGCGGUGCGCCGGCGCAUUCAGGAAGCUGGGCUUGCGGCUCGGUGACGUCGUCGUGUUAAUGGCGCCCAACCAUUUGGACCUGGCUAUUCCAUUUUACGCCGGUCUUUAUACUGGAGUCGCCAUUGCUUCAAUCGAUAGAUUACUGCAAAUAAAGGAACUAGAAGAUAUAUUCAUUAAGGACGAACCGAAAAUAGUGUUCUGCCAAUCUGCGAGAGCUAAAGAUGUAAGAACAGCUCUUGACAACUGUAAUUUAAAAGGGAAAAUCGUUACUUUUGAUAAAAGUAGUCAAGAUGUCAAUGACUCAGUUCGUUUUGAAGAGUUUAUGAAGGAUUAUGAUUCUGAAACUACUGUGGAGACGUUCAAAGCGUCAGAUUUUGACACGGAGGAGACAGCAGCAGUUCUUUUAUCUACCAGCGGAUCCACAGGUCUGCCUAAACAGGCCACAGUGACGCAUAAGAACUUCGCUAUUGGUUGUGUUUACUUUUGGUCGAAAGAAAGGCAAUUCCCAACACCGUUUAAAUUGUUUCUGGUAGUUUCUCCACUGCAAUGGCUGACGGCAAACUCUAUUUUCAUCAUCUCUGCAAUAUUUAAGAUGCCAAGACUACAAUCUUCUGUCGACAUCGACUAUGAACAUGCUUGUUACCUUAUUAACACGUACAAGCCCACGUCAACAAUCUUAAGUCCGACAUUUCUGGCCAACCUGCUAAAAUACGGCGCAAAGAAAUGCGACUUCACAUGUUUUCAAUUGAUUGCCAUUGCGGGCAGCGCGGUGUCUAAAGAACUCCUAGCUGAAAUAAAGAGUCUUUGUCCAAAGUCAGAAGUCCGUGACUUGUAUGGUAUGACUGAAAUAAGCAGCGGUGCAUUCUUUAAUGAUUGCCAAGUCCAGGGUUCUUCUGGAAGACCAUCUCCGCAUCUGCAGUACAGGCUAAUAGACGUUGACACAAACGAAGAUAUCGUGGAAGCGAACGUAAAAGGAGAAUUGUGGUUAAAAGGACCAAGUGUGUCUAAGGGUUACUACAAAGAUCCAGAGGUGACCAAGCAAGCGUUCACAGAAGACGGCUGGUUCAAGACCGGAGACAUAUUUUACAGGGAUGAACACUGGAACUUCUUCUUCGUGGCACGCAUCAAGUUUCUGCUGAAGUAUAUGAACCACCAAAUAUCUCCUGCUGAGAUUGAGAACAUGAUAAAGAAACAUCCAGGAGUACAAGACGCGGUGGUGAUCGGUAUACCGGACCCUGACUGCGGGGAUCUUCCCGUCGCAUGCGUCGUGCGACGCUUUAGCUCUACUGUCACUGCGCAGGAAAUCAAGGACCUUGUCAAAAAUAACCUGACAGACACGAAGCAGCUGCGAGGAGGUGUCGUAUUCAUGGACAAAAUUCCUCUGACCUCCACAACCAAAGUUGAUGUAAAGAAGCUAAAAGAGUUAGUAGCUACCAUGGAACUGGAAUAGAGAGCAGUAACCCUGCUAGAUAUAAAUAAGAAGAAGAGGGGAAAAGCUGAAUCUGUCCAAAGAACAAGAUUAUUACCCUGUAAAUGUAUUAUCCUGUAAAAUAAUAAACUGUUAAAUAAUCUCUCAA